AGGAGGUUCAUACGGGGAGCUUUGGACCGUGGCGCCGUUUCACACUCGUAUAGUUAUCGCAAAACUUUUAAGUCGAUCAUUUGAUGACAUAUGAGUAUGCAAGUUGGCACAACUAUGGCAAAAUAUAAACUUAUUACAAUUCGUGUGACAGUUUUGUUGUGUUUUGCGCCUUUCCUGUUGGGAGUCACCUCCGCGGACUCGAGUUUGGAAAUUAUUAAGCACGAGGAUGCGGAAGAGGGCGUUGACAAAAGACCUGGCGCGGCUUCUUCAAUCCCCGAUGCAAACGAACACACACACGAAGCGCUUCCCCUCUAUCCGAAAGCCCCAACAAUAAACCAACUUCAAACGGUCAAAGAAACUCGGGAAUCAGAAACAGUCGAUGCUGUCAUUCAGGAAGGGUUGCAGACUCACGUUGCUACAGCAAAUUACGAAAACUUCUUGCCAGAAGAAGAUUUAGAUGGAACUAUCUUUCCAGAUGAUAAUGGAGGUGUUGUUGUAGAGAACGUUGAAGCUCACUUGCAUCCUUCGACUGCCAAGUCAGUUGAUGGAAUUAAAGAGCAGGUACAAGAAAAUCCACGAGAAUCAGAAACUCUCAAUAAACUAUCGCAAAAUGCUCUUCGAGAAGGUAUCGAGUCAGUAAUUGACAGCAUGUCGGUCGAGAAAAAAGAAGAAAGGACAAAUAAAAUAAAUGAAAUCGAACACGUUGUGGAGUUAGAAACAGAAAAGGAAAUAUCUGGACAGGAAUAUGGUCUCAUUCUCUUAGAAAACGAACGUGAAAGCCAGAUAGUCUCACCUGAUGUUCAAAAUAAACAAACUGAAGUAGAAGAGGAGGUCCAUGCUAAAGAGGAAAUAGUUUUGGGUGCGAUUCAUUCGGAGCGUGACAUUAAAAAAAUGACAGAUGUCGAUUUAUUAAAUGAGCAAAAUAUAAAUGGAACAGAUAGCGAGGCUGGAAAAAAUGAAGAACAUAUAAAUAAAAAGGAAACUUUGGAUCAAACAGUAAAUGAGAAGGACCAUCUGAAGACAGAACCAGAACUUAACUUUGAUAUAGUCAUGGUUGAAAAUGAACAUGAGGGAGCGAAUUUGUUAAGCAACUAUUACACGGGCCUUUCAGAUCAUUAUCUCAAAGAACACGAAGAAAUAAUACUCAGUGAAAGUACAAAAAAUGUUUAUAAAAUCGUUAACAACAAUGAACAAGCUAAUGAAGACAUAGGCGAAAUCGUUUUCCAGGAAUGGCACCCAGUUGAACAUCGAAGUGGAAGCGCAAGCGAUCGUGGCGUUUUUACAGACUCGGAAUCUCAUAAACAUGUCGAUGUUGAAGAAUUAGACGUAUCAUAUAUCGAAGAGAAUGACCAAGAGCAAGAGAGGCGUCAAGAAAUGGACCAGGAACACGAAGAAGCUCAGCCAGAAGAAGAUAUGCAUAACAAAAUUGACGGAAGAAAUAUUAAAGAACACGAGGAGAAUGGGCUGCGUAUUGCAGAAGAGCAACCGGAGGAAGAGUCUGCACAUGUACAAGAAUUAUCAGUAGAUGUUGAGGUUCCCGGUACAUUUGAAGAGAUACAAGCGAAACCAGUAGAAAGAGCGAACGAGACGGACGUCAGCCAGUAUCCCGCAGAACACGCAGUAUGUUUCUUACCACCAAAAUCCGGCUUUUGUAAAGCUUACUUCGUCAGGUUCUUCUUCAAUACAAAGACAGCGGAAUGCGAGAAAUUCGUGUAUGGCGGUUGUGGAGGCAAUGCCAACAACUUUUUAACUCUGCAGGAUUGCAUGAAAGCCUGUACCAUUGUGUCAACGUGAUGAGUGUGCCUAGUACUUUGAUUCUGCUAUAGAAACGUGAUUUAUUUUAUUGGGAAGAUUUCCCAGUAUAUUACAAAUGACAUGCAUUACCACUUUACCUCUGAAUGAUAAAUAAAGGUAAACGUUUUUGAAACACGUGUUUCAUAUAACAGUAAACUGUAUUUGUACGAACAGGGACGUUAAACGAAAACAUGAGCCUGAAAAUGGAUCUAUGUCAAAAUGGCGUACAAUCGUAAAAAAUUGGAUUUUGCCAUCGUGAUACAUUCAUUUACUCUACAUUUCAUACUCCAUGUGGUUAAAUUUUUUAGUGCAGUCAUUUCUUUUGAACCGAACAAAAAACAUACAUCAAUUGUUGAAAUUAGGACAGAAAAAAACAUAAAUUUUUAUUAAAUUUUAUUUACACCAUACACAGGCAAAUCCGUUCUUUAAUACUCAUUAACUGUACACGUAUAUUUUGAGAAGCCUUUGAUGUGGUAAUUGUAAGUAUAAAACUGAGUCUGUAUUGAAAAUAUUUUUUCUCAUAGAAAUCAGAAAGAAGUGAGUGUGUACGUGUGAGUGUUUAUUGUGUGCAAAUACAAAGGAGAUGUAUCACAUUUUUCAAUUUACAUUAAUUAGAUAAAAUUAUUAAUGUUCAAUUAUUUUCUCCGCAUUUGUUCUACGCUGUUUUGAACUCAUUUCAAACUGAAAAUGAAACAAGUCAACAAAGUGCACAAACCGUGUUUUUUUGUGCAAAAUUAAUAUAUUUUAGGAGAUUGUGAGAAAUUGUGCAAUAAAGCAGGUGGAUAACAAAUCGUCGUAAAAAUAAGGUAUACUAGUCUGUUUUUACAGGCAAUUUUGUCUGAAGAUGGAGCCCAAAUUAUCCACAAGCAAAAAUCAGGCGAAAUAAGAAUUCAUAAAUAUUUUUAAGACAAUGUGACAUAAGAUAUUAUCAUUUAUUUCGGUGCAAGUAAAAUUGAUUAUUAAAAUUCAUUAAAUUGAAGUAUUUACAAAUUGGCUAUGACAUGUUUUAGGUUAUUAUUUUUGUUAUAAAUCCUCAUGUAUAUCUUGUUACAAAUGAUAAUUUUGUGUUUUUGAUUGUAGACUAUUUUUAAUAAAUUGUUAUUAAUUAACAUAUGCAAUAAAUUGUUAUGAAGUA